AUGCAAAUUACACCUGUCCUCGAUUGCUCCGAAGCAUUCUAUAAAGAAUGUUGUCUUGAGAAUUUGAACGAUCGUAGUUCAGAUAACCAGAUACUUCACAUUUUAUCAAGACAGGCACAUUUAAAGGAUUCUCUAUUUGGAACGUCCCAUUGCUAUGAUAGUGAAACUUCUGAGAAUCACUCAUCCUCUGAAGAAUCUGUUUCUGCCCCUAUGCCAUCAUUUCGAGGUAUCGAUUUAACACAAGAUUUCGACCCCGAAGUUGUGUGGAAUAUGCUUAGCCUUAAUGAGCGUCGAGAAUUUAUAAGACAUGCUAAUUCUGGUGCAAUUUCAGCCUAUAUUGAAAUUUGGUCCCCAUGGUGGAUUGACUCCACCUGCAUAACGGACACUGAUCAAUCCUUACCUCAAGCGAAAUCAUUGGAGACAUUGAUGCCAAGUGGUAAAAGACCAAAUUCUUCCGUUGCAUUAAAUAUAUGCGAGACGGUAAUGAUAUACGCUUUCAUUUGUCGCUACUUUAAUGGAGAUCAUUUCGACUUAGUAAAUGAGGCAGCUGAUGCCUUGAUUAAACUAAGCACCUGUCUUUCGAGAUCGGAUCAGCCAGUCUCAACACAACCCCAGUCCGCCUCUAGCGUCGGACUAUUUGGGUUCCCCCGAACUGAUAACUGCGGCAUAUCCCAGAUCAUCUCCGGUCUCCACUUCCGUCUCAUGAUUAACAAUUUUAAGCCCACGCCUUCACUCAUAGUUCUUCUUCUUGCUGAUUUGUACAAAAUUUCCUCUAGCCUCGACAAAAUCCGCAAAGCGGUAGACGAUUCAUUUAAAAUAAUUCUCAAGGGCUUUCCAAAACAAAAGACGCGCGGCCUGCUUCUCGCUUCCAGAAAGCUAGAAUUCUGGCGCGCUUGCUGUUCCCAAUCCAGUUUAACAUGGCUCGACGAUCAGCUAUAUUCCCUGAGGCCCGCGAUUGCCAUAGAAAUGCGCCUUCGCGAUUGCGAUCUAUCUCAUCUCGAUUCUGAAUUGGAUGACUCUAUUCUAAAAACAGCCUCCUGA